GAAUAUAGAAUUGGGAAGGGGACAGCCCAAGGGCAAAGGCGCAGAAAGAACACCCACCUAAACCCAAUAGCAAAGCUUCAUACAAAUAAAGAAUCAAGAAUUUCUAUGCAUCUGCGCUUACGUCUACAGAAACCCAUCAAAAUCCAAAGCAAAUUUUAUAUCUUUAUUAUUAAUUAUUACUAAACACAAGAGGGAUCUUCAUUUCUUUCUCUCUUUCGUUCUUCUUCUUCUUGUUUCUCUGUGUAUCCCCCUUUCUUUUGUUGUUUGAUCUUCUGGGCUUUCCUAUUUUGACCUCGGAGCUGGUUUUGUUUCGCGAUUUCUGCCCCUGAAAUGGCUCGGCUUGCUGUUGUCUUGCUCUUUAUUGGGGCUUUGUCUUCGAUUCCGUUCCUUUCGGCGUCGGAAUCCAUUUGCCCUGUUGAAUCUGCUUUCUUUUUAUAUAAUUUUCAAUCUACAUGUCCUCUUUCGAUCUCUCCAAUUCCCCCUCUCGAGGUUGGUGAGAAUUUCCUGGACAGAGCUUUGACUUCAAAGCAGAGAAACUCAUAUACAUCUGUACUGUUCUAUGCUUGCUGGUGCCCAUUUUCACAGAACAUGCGUCCUAAAUUUAAUAUGCUAGGUUCCAUGUUCCCUCAGAUUGAGCAUUUGGCUAUUGAGCAAUCUUCAGUCUUCCCAAGUUUGUUUUCAAGAUAUGGAAUUCAUAGCUUGCCCUCAAUAUUGUUGGUCAACCAGACGUCUAAGGUGCAAUAUCAUGGGCUGAAAAAUCUCCAACCCCUUGUACAAUUUUAUGAGAAAACAACAGGGCUCAAACCAGUUCAGUAUUUUGCUGAAGAUGAGCCAAGAAGUUCGGAUAGUGUUGAAGAAUUGAUCAUGCAUCCAUGGGAUGGAUCUUCCUUGGAGGAUAUGAUGAAAAGGGAUAGCUACUUGGUAUUUGCUGUGUUGUUCCUUUGUUUAAGAGCAGUGCUAUUUAUGUCUCCAAAGGUGUUAUCUCAUCUCAAGGCUUUCUAUGGGUCGUAUGUUCCCCAUCUCAACUUGGAAAUAUUUGGGGAGACAAGUCAAUUAUUUGGCCGUAUCCUCCAUAUGGUUGAUGUAAGGAGGAUUUGGACCAGGCUAAGAUUAUGCAAGGUGAGGAACUUCCACGAAGGCGCCAAAAAUUGCAGGGUUUGGGCUUCUUCACUGGCUUCUGUUUCAUUGGGUGAAUCUUCAUCAUCAGGCAGGUUACAAUCCUAACACAGUUGCCAUCUUGCCGCGGGAUUUGAAUGAGGUCAGAAAGGGGCUUAACGAUGAGAUAAUGUAUUAACAACUGUUUUGAUGCUCAGGGACAGGUAGUCUACCCCUUCUCUCUCUCUCUCUCUCUCUCUCUCUCUCUCUCAAUUUCUCUUAAAAGUUUUAUUAUAAUUAGUGAUGAUGAUGAGGAUGAUGAUGAUAAUAGCUGAAGCUGUUGUGGUUUGGUUGAGUUUUGGGAGGAGGAGGUAAAACAGGCAUGUAAAUUUGAGAACAUCUUUUCCCUUCUUGUAUAUUAUUUGUGGUUUGGAGUAAACUCCAGACAUGAGUGGAACCUAAGCAUAUAAUAUUAUGUGCUCUUUUCUGUCUCUCACACACAUCUGCGUGCAAUAAAAGUUUUUAAAAGAGAGCAUUGCUGGUGA